AUGUCGUCCGAUGACUCUCAGCAUUCCUCCUCAUCGCCUCCUAGCUCCAAACCUACCACUUCGCAUUGGCCUACCUCCCAUUUCUUCCCUUGGGCAACUUCCCCAGAUAUAAUCCGAGCUCACGAAAAAGAUGCCUAUAUCACCGGAACAUUAUCCACUCAAGCCCAAUCGAUUGUACGAACCCUUCGCGGCGCCAGAUUUGCCCACGCACACACCGAUGCUAUCAAAAACCUAACAGACAUCUUAUACCUGUCCCUCACUACCCUCGUCGGGAAUAGAACGCUGGGGGAGGAGUACUGUGACGUUGUACAGCUGGAGGAUGACUCCCUACGGUUUCCGUCGCUGGCUCGACGGGCUGGUUAUAUCCUCAGCAGUAUUCUCAUGCCGUGGACACUGCAGCGAAUUCUCCCCGCAUUCAGACGUCGGUUGAGGGCAAAGCUGGAGCGGAGUAUUGCGCGCAAACAGGCAAAGUCUGUAUAUUUCUCGAAAGAAGAACAGCAAAAGAAGAGACAAAACCUGGUCCUUAAAUUUCAAACAUACAUCCUUGAGCAUUUGGAUUCCCUAACGUCGCUUUCGCCCGUUUAUGCCAUCCAUCUCGCGGCGUUCUAUUUCACUGGUGCAUACUAUCACAUUUCCAAGCGACUUUGGGGCUUACGAUAUGUGUUCUCAAAGCGGAUAGAGGAGAGCGAAGAAAGAGUCGGAUACGAGGUACUAGGGGUAUUGAUGGUCCUGCAGAUCGUUGUACAGGGAAUUGUACACGUGAAAGAGGUCGUUGAAUCUAUUCAGGAAGAUACCCAGUCGAAGGACAGGCACGAUUUCGGAUCAGACGGCCAGCCAGGAACAACUUUAAAAAGUGUCUGUAACCUUCCGUCCAUACCUUCUUUACCGCCGGACACACCCCGAUACGACCUCUCAUCAGAUGCGGGCACAGCUCUGAGCUGGAUACCGGCUGGGCAACAGCGUAAAUGCACUUUAUGCCUAGAGCCAUUCAAAGACCCAAGCGUAUCUACCUGCGGACAUGUCUUCUGCUGGACCUGUAUCCGGGAUUGGGUGCGUGAAAAGCCGGAAUGUCCAUUAUGCAGACAAGAGGCCCUGGGAUCUAAAAUCCUGCCAUUGAGAGGCUGA